UUUGGUUCUUCAGAGGAGACUGUACUUUUCUUUUUGAUUCAUCCAAUUAUUCAUUGUCUGCCUUACUCUGUAAUGGCCUCAAUGCGGAUGAUAGAUAUAGCAGUUAAUUUCACCGAUGGCAUGUUUAAAGGCAUCUACAAUGGAAAGCAGUAUCACGUCUCUGAUAUCGCAACCGUUUUGAGCCGGGCUUGGACUGCUGGCGUUGAUCGAAUCAUCGUGACUGGUGGGUCCCUUGAAGAAUCAAAAGAAGCCCUUGCCAUUGCAGAAACUGAUGGGAGGCUUUUUUGUACUGUCGGGGUGCACCCAACGAGAUGCAAGGAGUUUGAGGAGAAUGGGGAUCCGGAAAAUCAUUUUCAGGCUCUCUUAUCAUUGGCUAAGGAGGGAAUUGAGAAAGGGAAGGUGGUAGCAAUUGGUGAAUGUGGACUGGAUUAUGACAGGCUUCACUUUUGCCCAUCAGAAAUUCAAAAGAAGUAUUUUGAGAAGCAAUUUGAAUUAGCAUUUGCUACAAAGCUUCCCAUGUUUUUGCAUAUGCGUGCAGCUGCUGAAGAUUUCUGUGAAAUUAUGGAACGAAAUAUCGACAAGUUUAGUGCUGGGGUCACUCAUUCAUUCACUGGUAGUGCAGAAGAUCUUGAUAAGCUUCUUUCAUUCCGUAAUAUAUAUAUAGGUGUAAAUGGUUGCUCUCUCAAGACAGCAGAAAAUCUUGACGUCGUGAGAGAUAUACCUAUUGAAAGAAUGAUGAUUGAGACAGAUUCUCCAUAUUGUGAAAUCAAGAACACUCAUGCUGGGAUCAAUUUUGUGAAAUCUGUGUGGCCUUCUAAGAAGAAAGAGAAGUAUGAUCAAGAAUGCAUUGUCAAAGGUCGUAAUGAACCUUGUUUGGUUCGGCAAGUUCUUGAGGUGAUAGCUGGAUGUAAAGGAAUCAGUGAUCUGGAUCAAUUGAGUGGGACAUUGUACCAAAACACCUGCAGGGUUUUCUUUCCUCAUGACUUGGAUUCUGCAGCAGAUGCUCUUCUUGCUGGUCGUCAGGACACUCUAUGAACAACCGUUAACCCAUCUCAACAAAAUUGUUUCAUCUAUACUUACUGUUUGAAACAAGGAUGCCACAAGUUUCCCAUCUAGAAGUGAUUUAAAAAGGGAAUGGAAUCCUUUUCUUUGGUUCUCCUUGUCUUUGUUCUUUACUGCUUUUCUUUUUGGCAUAAAAUUUGCAGAGCAGAAUCUGUUAUUGUUAUAAAUGUUGGAACAACUU